AUGUGGAAAACACGGCUCAAAAAUCAAAGUCCACCAGUCAUUGCGAAAGAAAAAGAGGAGUUCGCGUGCAUAAACUGCCAAGAAAUCUCGACGUCGCUGUACAGAAAAUACGCGGAAGGAGUCAUUCGAUUGACGGAAUGUGUAUGUUUUGUCAGCACUUUUACUGCACACUUAUAAUAAAAGUGAAUAGUGAAUUGAAAGAACAAAAUGAGAAGUCAAUGCAUCAAAUUUCAGGACAAAUGCGGCGAAGUGGUUGACAAGUACAUCGAAUACGACGUAGUGCUUGUCGUCAUCGAUCUGAUGCUGCAGUAUGUGCAAGCCUACCGUCAUCUCCUUCUGAACGUCCGCAUCCAGCGGCCUGAAAGGUUGUUCGUCAUCUUCUGGCUGAGUCACGCCGCCGAAGUGUGGAUUCGCGAGAGGAGCAGCGAGGACUCGACUGUUUUGGCCGAGCAAGAGUGGAUGUGAGUUGAAAUGUCAUCAGACUGAAAUAAAUAGAUUACAUUUUACAGAUUCUAUCGAUGUCUGCUGCUUUCGGCCCUUGAAAUUUACUCAUUUGUUACCAUUAUCUUCAUCUACGCCUUCUGGAAAGGAAAACGGUCGGGAUUUCGGCACCUCGUCGGAUCCACGCUGCUCGGAUAUUACGGUAAGAAGAAGCGCCGUUUUACAUUAGUCAGUACAAUUAUAGGAACGUGGCGGUAGUCAUCUCGUUCGUUUUCUGUCUCUCGCAUAGGAUAUCCUACCAGAUAGUCAUGCAAAUCUUUCUACUGGCUUCCCAUUAUCAAGUGCAACGAGGUAAGUCUCUAUCUUAAUUUGCUUUUCUUCUCAUUUCUUUCAGUUCUGUUCCCGAAGGUUUCCUCCACGGACAACAUCUUCGUAGUCUUGAUCGCAAAAACAUUCUCCACCUACGCGGGAUCCUAUCUUACUUCUCUCAUUUUAGAAUAG